AUGUCGGUUUCGGAGGUGUUUCUUCGCGAUGGCGUGGCCUGCACGAAGGUGGAUGCGCUAGGAACCAGCAUGAAAGAUCGCUACCCACGGUGGACAUUAUUGGUUGUUCUGCAACGUCAAUGGUCACGCGAUAGGCGCGCCAACAGACUAUACGCCCCGGCAUUUCAGCUGUUGUUUGCGUCCUCCGCCGAGUCUGAGGACGAAAUCACCACUGCAGCGGAUGAUGCCCCAUGGCACCUCCUUUUCUACGACACGAAGCUCAGCUGCCGGGAGGCACUCUGGGAGGAGAAGGUAGCGGAACUUAUCACCCAAAUUUGGAAAGGUGUGCCCUCGGGUCUUCAUCCUUCGUGUUUCUCCGUGAUUUGCGUGACUGUGGGCACCACACACGAGCGGCUUGGUCUCUUCUCAGAACGUGCCUUCUCUCUCUUCAAGGAGAGGGUCGAGCGGGUGCUGUUUGAGCUUGGGCUGCAGCGGGCAUCUGUUCAGCGGCACAAUGUACUGGGGAGCAGGGCCGACGAGCAGAAGGGUAGUGACGCUUGUACUCGGCUUCCAGCGUUUGUGGAGCAGGCGAUUCAGUGGGUGUGUCAUCGAACACCAGAGGCAGCGGACGUUUCGGCGCCGUCGCAGAAGGGAAAUGAUGCCAUCCUACAGGAAUUUCUGCGAUUGCAUAAGUUAUUGUACACUGCAUCUUUUCAAGAGUCUGUUGACGCUAUUGGCGAUGAUGCGGCACCAGCAGCACGAGUUGGUGAAUGUCCAAACCCCAAGUUGAUGGAGGAACGGCGUGUGGCAGUGAAUAAUUUGAAGAAGCGUGUGGGUCAUGUUGUCUCAUUCGCAUUGACAUCGCCUACUUCCUCAGAACAUGUAGGGUCGCCAUGGUACGUUCUCCUCCUGCAGAAGCCGCUUGUGGAGAAGCAGGAAGUGUCGAUCGACAACCUUGACCCCGGCCCACUCGAGCCGCAGCCCAUCGGCGCAGAGCUGCAUAUGAUGCAUGAUUGCGGUGAGGUGCUCUAUCUUCAGUCGGAAUUGUGUGACGAGAGAAACUUAGAUACAGUGUACGAGGACAUCAUGCACGAGGAUGGCGAACUUUUCGCGCAAUUGACACCUGUUGAGGGUAUUGCCUUUGACGAUAUUGACCAUUAUCUGGAGUUUUUGUCUGCACAACAACAUCAGCAGCAGGAAAUGACGGCGGAGAAAGUGGCCCCAAUGGAGCCGCUGUGCAAAGGAUCGUGCUGCAACUAUACGUUCCCAAAAGUUGUUGUGCGAAGGCCGACGGGAUCAGUUGUGAAGAGCACCGCCAUAUCGUCACCACACGCAGAGAUCUUAGAGGAGUCACCCCAUACGCCGGAACAGUGGGAGGCGGCGAGGUUGGCCUUCGCGUUUCUCUCUCAGCACAUCACGCCUGUCAGCGGUGGGGGUUACACUCUUGCAAGGGAUGUAGCACCGGUACCGCCACCACCGCACGGCGACGCAUGUUCAUGGUGUGGCCGUCGCCGCAACAAACUUCUACGUUGUGGCGGUUGCCGGGUGGAGAUGUACUGCUGCAAGAAGCACCAGAUGAUGGAUUGGAAGGGUGGCCAUAAAGGUAAGUGUGGGCUGUGGCGGAAGGCACGGGAGGACUACGAGCAGCGCGUUGUACCGCUCCUCCAGACGCGCGAGGUGGAUCUUCCCACCACCCCAUCAGCCUCAGCCGUUGUGACGUUGCUGCAGUUCCUCACCGCCUCUCAGCAUGAAUUGCAGGAGCUGGCGUUUCCGGUCGUCCACAUUAUCGGGAUCGAUACAGAUGUGUCAGGGUUCCUCGCAGAACUUGCACACCGCGUGAAGCAAAUAGUUGGGAAGUGGAAACAGUUGCGCCUCCUCCUGUGCUCUGACGCCUUCAGUGAUGAGGAGCAGAACGCCGUCUAUGCCGUUGACAAGGACGGCGACGUCACGCGAACGAAGCCUACAUCUGUUUUGGGAGACGCGUGGCACACACAGUCGGACAGGAACGCAGUGGAUGCUGUGGCCUUGGUGCGCCUGUACAGCACAAAGUACCAUAUCUUCAUUACUGACGCGCUCGCUGGCAGCAUUACUCCUGCGCCUGGUACAACUAAUAGCUGUGGUGGUGGUGGUGGUGGUGGUGGCUUUACGCCAUCAGCAGUGGUGUCGUUCAGCAGCCCGUCAGGGGCCGGGAUGACGUACUUCAGCGCUGCCGCAGAGGUCUUCGCCAAGCACUUUGUUGGUGUCAUUCCGGUGAUGUGCACCGAGGCGACACUUGUCGGAGCGCACAACACAUUAGACGCCAUCUUUUCGCGGGUGAAAAAUAAUGCUGGGGUGAGCGCGGACCACAAUAAAAAGCUUCUUUCCCUCCAUACCAACCCAGAUGACCUCAUCCAACUCAAUGCCAGUGGCAUGUGCAGCAAAGUUGUAGAGAUGCCUACUACAGCCGCCGCUGAUACCUUGCCGACAACCAAACAGACGGCAUUGGUGCCACAUCUGAACCUCUACUGCUUCACUGUUCCUGUGUUGCGGUAA